UCGCCCCCUAAACGAGUUUUUUUCCCGUGAUGCUCCGCGUGGACGAGCAGCAAGAUGGCAGACGAUCUGGAUGAAUUUAAGAAGGAAACUGGAUGCGUCCCGAUCCUCCAUCCCGAGGAAAUUAAACCCCAGAGUCAGUAUAAUCAUGACUACAGCGAGAGCGUCAGCCGCAAGAGCCAUGUGGACGACUACAGCACUUGGGACAUCGUCAAAGCCACCCAGUAUGGGAUAUUCGAGCGAUGCCGUGAGCUGGUGGAGGCCGGAUAUGACGUGCGUCAGCCGGAUAAAGAAAAUGUCACACUCCUUCACUGGGCGGCAAUCAACAACCGCAUAGACCUGGUCAAGUACUACAUAUCUAAAGGUGCUAUAGUGGACCAGCUGGGAGGAGACCUCAACUCUACACCACUGCAUUGGGCUACAAGACAGGGCCAUCUCUCCAUGGUGGUGCAGUUGAUGAAGUACGGCGCUGAUCCUUCUCUCAUCGAUGGCGAGGGAUGCAGUUGUGUGCAUCUGGCCACUCAGUUUGGACACACCUCUAUUGUGGCGUAUCUCAUUGCCAAAGGACAGGAUGUGGAUAUGAUGGAUCAGAAUGGCAUGACCCCUUUGAUGUGGGCGGCGUAUCGGAUGCACAGUGUUGACCCGACACGGCUGUUGCUGACGUUUAACGUGUCGGUGAAUCUGGGUGAUAAGUAUCAUAAGAACACAUCUCUGCACUGGGCAGUUCUGGCUGGAAACACUACGGUCAUCAGCCUGCUGUUGGAGGCUAAUGCUAAUGUGGAUGCACAGAACAUCAAGGGGGAGACGCCGCUGGAUCUGGCCAAACAGAGGAAAAAUGUGUGGAUGAUGAAUCAUCUGCAGGAGGCCAGACAAGCCAAAGGUUACGACAGUCCCUCGUACCUGAAACGACUCAAAAUGGACAAGGAGUUCAGGCAGAAGGUGAUGUUGGGAACUCCGUUCAUGGUGAUCUGGCUGGUGGGAUUUAUCGCCGAUCUGGACAUUGACUCCUGGCUCAUCAAGUGUGGGAUGUAUGCAUUGGUGUGGCUCGUCGUGCAGUUUCUGUCUAAGUCUUUCUUCGAUCACUCCAUGCAUAGUGCUCUUCCUCUGGGCAUCUAUCUGGCCACUAAGUUCUGGAUGUACAUCACCUGGUUUUACUGGUUCUGGAAUGAUCUCCCUUUCGUCACCGUCCACCUGCCCUUCCUGCUCAACAGUCUGGCUCUCUUCUACAACUUCGGCAAGUCAUGGAAGUCCGACCCUGGUAUCAUCAAAGCAUCCGAGGAGCAUAAGAAAAAGACUAUAGUUGAACUGGCAGAAACAGGCUCUCUGGAUCUCAGCAUAUUCUGCAGCACCUGUUUGAUACGGAAGCCAAUCAGAUCAAAACACUGCGCUGUUUGCAAUCGAUGCAUCGCCAAGUUUGAUCACCACUGUCCGUGGGUCGGGAACUGCGUAGGAAGUGGAAACCACCGUUACUUCAUGGGCUACUUGUUCUUCCUGUUGGGCAUGAUCUGUUGGAUGAUAUACGGUUGCAUUUGCUACUGGAGGAUUCACUGUGCUACCAGCUACACUAAAGAUGGCUUUUGGAUCUACAUCACCCAGAUCGCCACCUGCUCGCCGUGGAUGUUCUGGAUGUUCAUCAACAGUGUGUUUCACUUCAUGUGGGUCGCUGUGCUCAUCAUGUGCCAGCUCUAUCAGAUCGCUGUUCUGGGCAUCACUACAAACGAACGCAUGAACGCCAGAAGAUAUAAGCACUUUAAAGUUACAGCCACAUCCAUCGAGAGCCCUUUCAAUCACGGCUGUAUAAGGAACCUCAUAGAUUUCUUCGAGCUGCGCUGCUGCGGUCUGCUGCGGCCCGUGGUGGUAGACUGGACGUCCCAGUACACAAUAGAGUACGAGCAGACGUCCGGCUCAGGAUACCAGCUGGUGUAGAGCGGUGACAGAGCGAGAGAGAGAGAGAGAGAGAGCGAAAGAGAGAGAAGAGGGGAGAGGUUUUCCUGAAGUGCUGCUCAACCGGGACCAUCUCCUUCACCGAGACUGCAAACCUCACCCAGUCAGGAUAACGCAUGCUGUCACCAACUCCACCCGAGACGCAGGGACACCAGGAACAGGAAGAGGAGGAGUUUAGUGACAUCAGAGGCGGAUGCAGUACAAACGGCUCUCCUCAGUUGGUCAGCAGAGGCGUUUUGUUGUUUCGCACAUCGACUGCUUUUCGUUUUACCUUGGUUUUCUUCCUGUGACCCCUUUUUUGUUUCUUUUAAAGUGAAAUCGGAUCUUCGUCGUCCUAAUUCAACAUGGACCUUUGUGUAGGAAUGAGAAUGAGCAUAGCUUAACAAUCAGACGAAAUAUAGCGUUUGUGGUUUUAAGGAAUUGUUCUGGCCAAAAUUAGACUUUUUUUUUUUAUUAUUAUUCAUGUCACUUUAAACCUAUGUGACUGACUUUCUUGCAUUGAACACAAAAAUAGAUAUUUAACAGAAUGUUCAGGCUGCUCUUUUCCAUAUAAGUAGAAAGUAAUACGCAUAUGUUUGGAACGACAUGAUGAUUAGUAAAUAACCGUAGCUGAACGAUUCCUUUAAGCUGCCUUGAUUCGUCUGACCGUGACACGCAUUCAUACGACUAGAGAGAUGCCCAGUUUAAAUAAUGUGACUUAACAUAUUUAUUUUAACCUAUUUAUGUAGUAUUUUUCGAUAAUAUAGUAUCAUGAGAUAAUUUUACAUGUCUUCAUUUUGGGAUUUGCAGCAUGUAUAAUAGUUUAGCAGGGGUGAAUCCGACGAAACGUGUCAAGAAGAUGAAGCCGGGUCAUAUUUCACCCAAAAAAAGAAAAAAAAAAUUAUAUUUUGUUUAGAGAAAAUGAAGCCUGGUUUUGCAUUUUAUUAUCGUUUUCAUGAUAAUUAAUUCCAACUUUGCCAUAAUUCAAAUUAAUAUCUUGCACAAAAACCUCCUCAUUACUGUAUUUAAUUAUCGAAAUAUUUAUAUUAUGCUGCCUUUAAAUUAUGCUAUUUUUUUUAAAUCAAAGUAUUAUAGACAUUGUUUAAUGCAAAACAAAAACGGAUUAAUAUAAUAUGGUAAUGAGCCCUGGGAAAGAGAAAUGCACUGAGUUUACAUCAAUAUAACGGUUCAGUAAUGCAGAACAGUCUUCACUUUCAAAAAAAAAUAAAAAUAAUAGUGUGUAUGUGUAUAUAUAUAUAUAUAUAUAUAUAUAUAUAUAUAUAUAUAUAGACACGAACACUUACACAAACAUAUUUAUAUAUAUGUAAAAAAAAAAUGUUUAGGUUGAAAUGUGACUUGGGACCCGUUUUAUAAAACAAGUUUACCAAAUAAGCCAGAUUUAUUUCAGUUAGUCUGAUUUAUUGUCAGUUGAUUUAGUUCAGAAUAAGUCAGACUAACUGAAAUAAGUCUGGUUUAUUUGGUAAACAGCCCCCGGACAAGCUCUUGAUGCGUUUGAGAUUAAUCCAGGUUCCCUCUGCGUUUACAAGAAAUAACACGCUCGUAUGUGAACAUCUUUAUUUAUUAUCUAUGAGUAGUUUUAGGAAGCGUAUAUAUUAAAAAGUUGAAAUGCUGUUGAAAAGCCAUCGAGUGGACCUGACACGUGUGUGUGUGUGUGGCAGCGAAAUUAUUCGUCUGCCUACAAAAAUGCACUGAUCUUUUAUUUUUUGUUCAUUGUUACUGAAGAAGUGAGCUCGUUUCCCCGGCAUCGCCGAAGGAUGUUCAUGUUUACGUAAGAAGAGGAAGCUCCUCCCCCUUUUGCUCUCCUCCAUUUCCUCUUCCUGUUGGUGUGGCAGCAGCAGCUGAUCUGAACUGAUGUAAAGAAUGUGCAUCUGUACAUAAAUGAACUAAAUUCAUUAUCCUGUCAAGUGACUUUAGUCUGUGUUAGUUGAAGCUGCUCCUAAGUUUUUUUUUUUUAUCUUACCAAAAAGUGAAAAAAGGAAAAAAUCGACUAUUUUCGAAGUGUAUGACUGUAGCUUUUAGUGGCGUCUGGCACUGCUGUGUAUAGACCUUUGACCUUGCAAGUCUCCACUGCAUGUGUAAAGCCUGGACAUAGUGAUCAUCCGAAAGACGCCCCUUCUGUAAAUAAUGAAUGUGAAGUAUUUGCAUCCAGUUUUUAUUUUUUAGGAUUCUUUUCUGUUUGUUUUUUACAUUUUAACCCCGAUGUGUGUAUCGUUCUCUCGUGUCCCUCAUGCUCUGCGGUCAAUCGGAGCUCUGCGGAUGUAUUAUAUCUGAAUGUCCCGUUCUCAUUGAUUAAUAUUCAGCCCAAAGGGAUUCUUUUGUACGUUUCAUUGCUGGGUUUGUUGUACCACUGGAUGUACAAACUGUAAAUGCCAGAGAAGUAGACAUGAACAGCCGCGGUGGAUGGGCCCUGUGUUGUAAUAUGUGGAUUAGGCACAGUGACGGUCAUUCAUUCAUUCAUACACGUGACACUGUUUUUAGAGAAUAUAUUCACUCUGUUGUUCCUCUGCCGGCUGUUUUCCCACCAUGUGAAAAGCACAUGCUCAUCUCCAGUGCCUCAGCUGAGAUCAGGACGUCACCCUACUCUGCUUCAGAUGUAACUUAUUGGGCAUGGAUCAAUUUUAAUGGCUUUGUUAAUAAAACAUUUGAAGGUGAAA